UGAACCCUGUCCGUGGCAAUGGAUGACCGUAAAAAUAUUUUAUACUUGUUCGACGUGGACGGGACCCUGACUAAACCGCGGCAACGAAUUUCCGAAGACCUGAAGAACUUUUUACUAAACGAAGUGAAAUCCCGGGUCAAUGUAGGAUUGGUCAGUGGAUCCGACUAUAGCAAAAUUGUAGAGCAAAUGGAUGGUGAGGAGACAACAAAUCAGUUUGACCAUGUCUUCUGUGAAAACGGCGUAGUGCAUUAUCAACAGGGACAAUUGAAGAAAUCCGAAAGCAUUUUGACAUACAUUGGGGAGCAGACUCUGCAGAAGGUUAUAAACUUUGCCCUUGGAUAUAUGUCUAAGUUAGAACUUCCAGCUAAGAGAGGUAACUUUGUGGAGUUCAGGUCGAGCAUGAUCAACAUCUGCCCAGUGGGUCGUUCCUGCAGCCAGGCCGAGAGAGAUCAGUUCUCCCAGUUUGACAUGCAGCACAAGAUCAGAGCAAACUUUGUUGAUGCUUUACAAAAUGAGUUCAAAGAUUCCAAAUUAUCUUUUGCUUUGGGAGGCCAGAUCAGUGUUGAUGUAUUUCCUACAGGAUGGGAUAAAACUUACUGCCUUAAUCACAUUUCAAAAGACAGUUAUAAUGAGAUACAUUUCUUUGGGGACAAAACAACACCGGGAGGAAAUGAUUAUGAAAUAUUUAAUGAUGACAGGACAGUUGGCCACACAGUCACCUCCCCGCAAGACACCAAAGAACAGCUGAAGCAGUACCUCAAUAUACUAUGAGCAACUGUAAUAAAACACUUGUACAUAUUGCUUUAAUGAAAUUUAUUAAAUAAUAAAUGUAUAUUGUAAUAUGUUUAUUAUUAUGCAA